AGGGGUGGGCAGGGAAGCAGAUGGGUAUAUAAAAGACGGAAGCGGGCAUCACAGCAUCAGUCCUUGCCCUCUCCUGCUGUAGUGAUGAAGGUUCUGGUGGCUGUGGUGUUGCUCGGCGUGGUGGCGGCGGCGGUCAUUGCCACCCCCGAUGAUGACUACUUCUUCUACCGCCGCCCCAUCCGUCCCGUGGUGCAUGUGUUGAGGCCCACUAGGCCCACCAGAUACGUGGUGCGGCAGUAUGUGGCACCCUUCAGUCCCUACCACUUCUUUGACGAUGACCACUUCGACCGCAAGAAGCGAAGCGCUGAACCAGAGCCUGUUGCCGAAGCCUCCAACUCCCGCAAGAAGAGAGAUGCGGACUUCGAUGACGAUUUUCCUUGGUAUUCUGUAGGCCACGUGGCGCCCAGGUUCUACAGCAGGCCCAGAGUGUACUACCGCCCUGCCCCAGUCGUGCCCUACGUUUUUGGCCGCGGCUUCUUCGAUGAUAAGUGAUCAGCGAAUACAGGACGAAGGGUAACCCCAAAACAUUAGAAUUAGCAUCCAUUUCUUCUUUGUACUUCAGUCUCAUUUCCUGUUUCCUCUCUGGCACAUAAUUAAUUCUAUUGUUAAUUCCAAAGUUUUCUUGUGAUGUAAUUUUGACUUGGGUGCGUAAGUUCUUUGUAAAAUACUGUGAUGAGAUGACUCAACUAUAUAUUUAUCAGGGCUCUUGAUCUACCCGUGUACCUGUGUACUAUCUGUUAACAAAUUUCUCAGGCCCACUAUAUUUCCGAUUUUCUUAAUAAAGGUUUAAAGA